UCUGUUUGGUGAGGUGUGAAAGCUGUUUUAAAGCCUUGGAAUGGUUCAAAGAACUAAUCCCUGGUCCUGAAAAUGGCAACGUGGGGAUUCUGGUGUGGUCCGCAUCAGGACUGGACGCUAUCCACUCUCAGCAUCGCGUGUCAUGGAGAGGGAAACGUUAUGGUCAAUGGAGACAAAAUGCCUUAUUGAUGUAUGAAAGGAUGCAAGUCUCAUGGCGCUUCUUUUAUGAGAAGCGCUUUUCGUUUUUCGGGUAUUCCUUCGUGCCCUGCUUUCAAAAAGCGCUGUUCUUCACCACUUGAGUGUUUGUUCCACAGGAAAAUAAUGAAAACAGCAAACAAGUUAUCCUAGUAACUACCAUUUUGUGAACAGUUUUGUGUAUGGAAUUGCACAAUCACUUCAAGGAAGGAAUUCUUUUACGUGAUAUGAGCUGCUCCUCCAAACGAGACCAGAAUCAGUCCCUGGGUGCGAACUCAAGUAUUCAGGCCAAGUGUGAAAAAGCGCUUGGGUGCAGUUGGGGGUCCUAGUUUGCAGUCAUUGUAAACCCAUUUCCCUCUUAAACAGCCAUGACUGAGAGCUCAUACUGCAUCUGAGAUCUUUCAGAAGUAACCUUUGUUCUUUAUCUUCUGCCACGUAGCUAGACUUUUGUCCUUUGCUGUUUUUUUAAGCAUGUCUUUUUGAUUAAUUCUUCAGGAGGGAGCGUUAUAGUGAUUAAUUGCACUGGCUUGUAGAGGCCGAAGAAAGAAAAGUGGGUGAUGAUGGAGUGAGGGCCGGUCAGGGGGCACAUCUCGGUAUUCUAAUGCUAAUCCAAUCACAGGAUGAGGCGCAAACCAGGCAAACGGACAAUGGCAGCGGAGCCAGAAAGUCUGCCACGAAGCACCGCAAAGCCUUGAAAGGCAUGUGAGGCAGGACGCCGCCACGGAGGGAAGGACACCGAGAGCUGCCUGUGAGGAGGGGCCUCAGGAGGGAGCAGGGCUUCAUGCCAAGCCAAGCCAAGAGGAGUGUCAUGGCUUAGAGGAUCUUCUAAGGACAAAGCUCUGAGAUUCUAGUGAAAUUCCACCAUCACAAUCGUUGCUCGCGUUCUUCAGUCAUCUGCCUGGGACACCAUUGUUGCUCUGCAGUCUACACGUCAUUGGACAACUCCAUCAGCGCCGGUGUACAGAUGCAGGGACACCUGCAAUUCCAUGUGCUUGCCUCAAAAGCGCUACCAGACUGUUUGAGAAUGACCCGCUUUCACUUAUUCACCAUUGUUCUGUUUCAAGUCUGCAUUGUCCUGCUCCCUCAGACUGAAGCUGGUCAGAACCCAGACCAUGUGCUGCAGGGGGCUGGCGGCAAGCACAGCUCAGACUCCAGAAGACCAGCUCCUGGUUCGACAGUGGAGCCUGAGGAUGCGCCACGUUUCCUCAGCUGUUACUGCUCAGGCCACUGCCCAGAGGACGCCAAGAACAACACCUGCAUGACAAAUGGCCAGUGCUUUGCCAUCAUUGAAGAAGAUGAAAAUGGAGAUGUGUUCUUAAGUUCUGGCUGCAUGAAGUAUGAAGGCUCCCAUUUUCAGUGCAAGGAUUCGCAGUAUGCCCAGGCAAGGCGAACCAUUGAGUGUUGUCAGUCUGACUUCUGUAAUCAUGAUCUAAAGCCUGAACUUCCUCCACGAGAGCCAGAGGUGUUUCUUGCCCCUCACUGGCUGGCCUUGCUCAUCUCUGUUACGGUGUGUUGCUGUGCCCUCAUCUGCAUCACAGUGGUCUGUUACUACAGGUAUAAGUGGCAAACAGAGAGGCAGCACUACCACAGAGACUUGGAGCAGGCCGAAGCCUUCAUUCCUCCCGGAGAAUCUAUCAAAGACCUCAUCCACCAGUCUCAGAGCUCAGGCAGUGGCUCUGGGCUCCCCCUGUUGGUGCAACGUACCAUUGCGAAGCAGAUCCAGACAGUGCGUCUGAUUGGGAAGGGCCGCUGUGGCGAGGUGUGGUUGGCCCGCUGGAGGGGGGAGAAGGUGGCGGUGAAAGUGUUUUGCACCCGUGAAGAGGCCAGCUGGUUCAGAGAGACCGAGAUCUACCAGACCGUGCUUAUGAGGCAUGACAAUAUCCUGUGCUUCAUAGCAGCUGAUAUAAAUGGUACAGGAGCCUCUUCCCAGAUGUACCUCAUCACAGACUACCAUGAGAACGGCUCUCUGUAUGACUACCUGAAAUUCACCACCCUGGACACACAGGCCUUGCUGAAACUGGCCUACUCUACAGCAUGCGGUCUGUGCCACCUUCAUACCGAGAUCUACGGCACGCACGGCAAACCAGCCAUCGCCCACCGGGACCUGAAAAGCAAGAACAUCCUUGUCAAGAGAAACGGCACCUGCUGCAUCGCUGACCUAGGAUUGGCUGUCAAAUUUAACAGUGACAGUAAUGAAGUUGACAUCCCUCUGAGCACUCGUACAGGAACCCGGCGCUACAUGGCUCCAGAGGUCCUCGACGAAAGCCUGAGUAAAAACCACUUCCACGCGUACGUCAUGGCCGACAUCUACAGCUACGGGCUGGUCAUGUGGGAGAUGGGGAGACGCUGUGUCACAGGAGGGAUAGUCGAGGAGUACCAGCUGCCGUACUAUGACAUGGUCCCCUCAGACCCUUCAUACGAAGACAUGUUGCAGGUAGUGUGUGUGAAAGGCCUGCGGCCCACAGUGUCCAACAGGUGGAACAGUGACGAGUGUUUGCGGGCCAUGUUGAGGCUGAUGUCAGAAUGCUGGGCCCACAAUCCACAAUCACGCCUCACUGUUCUACGAGUCAAGAAAACAUUAGCCAAAAUGGUGGAAUUGCAAGACAUCAAAAUCUGAGCCAUGUCUGAACGGAGUUUGUUAGCAAGGCCAGUCAGAGACAGGAUCAGGCUCUGUUCAGUUUAACAUGAGCUGUGAGACCGAACUCGACUUCGAUGCCGUCUUUGCUCCUUCCCUGCUUGACCUCUGGAAAGCACACGGAGCCAGUUUUUUUUUUGUUUUUGUUUUUUCUUUUGCUUUCUGUGAAAGCUGUACAAUCACAGGCUUUGAACAGAUUCAGACUGCAUAUGUGAAUCUUCUAAAAGUCUUGGGAUGGACAACUGAUCUCUCUGCCUUACACACCAAGCUACUUGUUUCUGUGUCAGCUGUGUAUGCAUUUGUCCUUUUUUGGUCUGGGAUGAACCUCAAGUUCCUGCCAUAUGGAAAAACACUUGUGACUUUUUCCCAAGCGCAAUUAUUUGUAAUGUUGGACUACACAAGCUAAAAAAUAAGAAAUAUUCUACUAAUAGUGGUCCAUGGGGCCAGACAAUUCAACCUUUAAAACUGUCAUAAAAGAGUUCCCCGGGUACAUAUGUUAACAUUUUAAUAUAGAUAGUACUUAACGGUCAACUACAAGUCUAAAUCCUGUCUUUCUCAGUAUUUUAAGGGAAUAUUUUGUUUGUUUUAAAGCUGUUCUUAAAAGGAUGUUUUAGAUCUGUCAGUCUGAUGGAAAACAUUAGAGUCCCUGUAUGGACUUCCCUUUGGAGUACUUAUAGACCAGAACAGAAAUACACACGAAAAACACCAGCCUUACUUUACCUUUAUUGCUUUCCAUUCCGCUGAAAAAGCAUGACAUUACAGUCUAUUCAUUACAGGAAGUUUAAACCAACAGUCCUCAUUUUGGUGGCAGACUAAUAUUUAUGCCUUAUCAAAUUUGCCAACUUUUCAAUGUUAUACAAAGGUAAAAAAUUACAGACAAAUAAAUGCUGAAGUUUGAAAAAGAGAAUAAAAAUGCUCUUCAAAAAAAUAAAUUUGCUUUAAAAAUAUACAUAUGUUAAAGAUGGAUGGAGUAACUCAAGUUCAAUGUACAAGAUGAUAAAAUGUCACAGGAAAUGGGUGCUGCAUGAGCAGUGUGUGUACUCUUUGACCAGAAGAGAAUAUUUUGGAAAAGCAGACAGUGUUUUUUUUUUUUUUUUUUUUUUUUUGGGGGGGGUCGUUUUUCGUUCUCAUUUCCCACUGCUAACCUUAUAACUUGCUGAAGGAUUUAGCGCUGUGAUACAUGACCGUUCUUUUUACUCCUGUUUCUCCCAGUUUACUUUAACAAUUGAACUAGCAUCUCUAAUAUGAUGUAUAUAUUUAAAUAUUGUAUUGCCCUGCCCUAUGCUAAUGAAAGGUAAUUGUUAUGUAAUUAUUACACAACUUUUUUAAUAUAACUUCUGGUUGAAUGGGUGCCUUAUGAGCUUGCCAAGAAAGUACAAAUACAGUAUGUAUGAUACUUGUCCAAUAUAUUCAUUUUAAGUAAAUAUUUACUAUAUGAA